GGCUCCGUCACACGGACGGCCCCGACGGAAGUGACGCGUCGGAGGGGCGGGGCGGGGCCGGGCCAUGGGGCGCCCCGGGAAGAGCUGAAGGCGGAGCGGCGCCAUGGCGGAGGUACGCCCGGCUGCGGGCGAGAACGGUAUUGGCAACAGGGCGAUCCGCGUGGGUACCCGCCGGAGCCAGCUAGCCCGGAUUCAGACUGACGGUGUUGUUGAGAUGCUCCGUGACUUUUAUCCUGAUCUCUGCUUUGAGAUUGUUGCCAUGUCUACAACUGGAGACAAGAUCUUAGAUACAGCACUGUCUAAGAUUGGGGAGAAGAGCCUCUUUACCAAAGAGCUGGAAAAUGCACUUGAAAGAAAUGAAGUUGACCUGGUAGUUCACUCCUUGAAGGACCUGCCAACUUCUCUUCCUCCUGGCUUUACCAUUGGUGCUAUUUGCAAAAGAGAGAACCCACUUGAUGCUGUGGUCUUUCACCCCAAAAACUGUGGGAAAACGCUCAGUCUUCUUCCUGAAAAGAGUGUUAUUGGAACUAGUUCACUUCGGCGAGCAGCCCAGCUCAAAAAGAAGUUCCCUCAGCUUGAAUUCAGGGAUAUUAGAGGAAAUUUAAACACCCGCUUGAAGAAGCUAGAUGAGAAGGAAGACUUCAGUGCUAUAAUCCUGGCUGCUGCUGGAUUGAAGAGAAUGGGCUGGGAGAAUCGCAUUGGUCAGCUCCUGAGCCCUGAAGAUUGUCUGUAUGCUGUGGGACAGGGGGCUUUAGCGGUGGAGGUUCGAGCCAAAGACCAAGAAACGCUUAAUAUGGUAUCUGUCCUGCAUGAUGGAGAAACUGUAUUAUGCUGCAUUGCAGAGAGGGCUUUCAUGAAACAUUUGGAGGGUGGCUGUAGUGUCCCUGUUGCAGUUAACACCAUGCUGAAAGAUGGCCAGUUGUAUUUGACAGGUGCAGUCUACAGUUUGGAUGGAUCUGAUAGCCUGAAGGAAACAAUGCAGACCAGCGUUAAUUAUCCACAACAGAAUGAAGAUGGACCAAAUGAUGAUGUGCAGCAUGUUGGCAUCACAGCCAAAAACGUUCCUGGUCAGGCCCAAGAAGCUGCAGAGAAUCUUGGUAUCGAACUAGCUAGUUUACUUCUGAGCAAGGGAGCUAAGCACAUCCUUCGCGUGGCAAGACAGCUGAACGAUGCCUGCUAGGCCCCCAGUGAGAGCAGCAAGAUUGUUACAAUUCUUGCUGCAGGCUUCACAGCUACUCAAUCAGCUGUUGGAGGAAGGGGGUUUUUGUUUUUAACAUUUGCACCAGCCUUGUCUGACAUUUGGGCAUAAAAUACUUGAAAUACCUAA